GCAGCGCUCCACGUAUUGCAAACACUCACACAGCGCGCUUUCUUCCCUUCUCCCGUCAUGCUGCAUUCAUUUAGCUUCGCUCAGCCAGUGCCGCUCGCUUUCUGAGUGCAGCGCUUUCCCAGCGAGCUGGUCCAGACAAGAACGACCCGGGCGGCGCGAGCUGUUCCAAACGCCUCGCCGCGAGACUGCGUUCGGCAGAGCUUCUGCUUUUUUUAAAAGGAAGGUUAUCCGUUUCAUAUAAUUUUUAAAAAUAUAUCUACGGACACAUCGAAGAUUUCACCGAGCGCACAAACUGGAGGAUGAAUACCAUACGACAGGUGCCUUCAAAGGUGAAAAGCAAAAGGACCGAAACCAAUUUGGGGGCAGAGAGAGAACACUUUGACAAGCAGCAGCUCAGCAGUAUAAGUAAGGCCAUAACCUCCAGUGAGACGCCAGUGAAGGAGAAACAUGCUCGCAGGAUCAUCCUGGGGACGCACCGGGAGAAGGGCGCCUUCACCUUCUGGUCCUACGCCCUGGGGCUCCCGCUGGCCAGCAGCUCCAUCCUCAGCUGGAAGUUCUGCCACGUGCUGCACAAGGUCCUGCGCGACGGCCAUCAGAACAGCCUGCAGGAUUGUAUGAGGCACCAGAGUAACAUCGCCGAGACUGGUGCACUCUGGGGUAACCACCACGAUCGGUACGGACAGCUGGUCUCCGUCUACACCAGGCUGCUGUGCACCAAGAUGGACUUCCACGUGAAGCAUCCCGAAAUCCGGCCUAACCUGGAGGCUUCGGACGAGGUCCUGGAGCGCGCAGCCGGCUCCGAUAUUAACAACGUGUUCCAGCUCACAGUGGAGGUGUUCGAUUACUUGGACGCUGAGCUGAGGCUGGCGGAGUCAGUGAUCCGGCAGCUCAACACCUCCAUCGCCAUCUCCACCACCACGUCGGGCCAGUGCCGCCUGGCCCCCCUCAUCCAGGUCAUCCAGGACUGCAGCCAGCUCUACCACUUCACCGUCCAGCUGCUCUUCAAACUGCACGCCUGUUUGCCAGUGGAGACUCUCCAGGGCCACAGAGAGCGGUUCCACGAGCAGUUCCACAGCCUGAAGAACUUCCUGAACAGAUCCAGGGACAUGCUGUUCUUUAAACGGCUCAUUCAGAUCCCCCAGCUGCCUGACGCUCCGCCCAACUUCCUGCAGGCGUCGGCGCUGGCCGAGCACGUGAAGCCGGUGGUGGUUGUCGAGGAGGAGGAGCCCCCCGACGACGACGACCCAGAGCCGCUGAUCGAGGUCAGCGAGGUCACGCAGCCCAGCCUGCAGGUGCAGCCGCAGUUUGACAUAUUUGAUCAGACCUUUGGGCCUCCCAACGGUGGAUUCGAUGAAAGGGACGUCCAGAUAGACAGCAUGAAGAGGGAGAUGGACCUCCUGAGGGCCGAACUGGAGAGGAUCAAAGCUGAGGCCCAGCGCUACAUCACUCAGCUGAAGUCCCAGAUAAACAGCCUGGAGGCGGAGUUGGAGGACCAGCGGGUGCAGAAACAGCGCGCCCUGGUGGAGAAUGAGCAGCUGCGCAUGGAGCUGGAGGCCCUUAGGGAGCACGGCGCCGAGCACCAGAACCUGCAGGCCACCUUCACCGAGGCCGAGAAGAGAGCCCAGGCCACUGAGCUGCGCUACAACAAACUAAAGGAGAAGCACGCCGAGCUGGUCAGCAGCCACGCCGAACUGCUGCGCAAGAGCGCAGACACGGUGAAGAUGCUGUCUGCCAGCCAGCAGACCCAGGAGGAAGUCGCCCGGACCAAGCAGCAGCUGGCCUUCGAGGUCGACCGCGUCCAGCAGGAGGCCGACAUGAAGCUGGAGGAGCAGAAGUUUGAGAUGGACAGACUGAAGCAGGAGCUGGAGGAGAGGAGAGCAGAGGUGCAGCGCAUCCAAAACUGCCUGCAGAGCAACCAGAGGGAGGGGGAGCAGCUGAGCGGCUCGCUGGCGGCGCUGCAGGAGGAGAAGGAGGCGCUGGCGCGGCUGGCGGGCGAGCGGGAGGCGCAGCUGGCCUCCAUGCAGCAGACUGCGCAGCUGCAGCAGACGUCCCUGCAGCAGGAGAGAGAGCGCAGUGCCAGGGAGCUGGGCGAGCUGCAGGGCAAGCUGCAGGAGAAGCUGAGCCGUGAGGAGCAGCUGCAGCAGAAGCUUCUGGAAGAGCAGUUUGUCCUGCUGCAGGGUACGGUGUCCGAGGCGGAGAGCAUCAUACAGGACGCCGCGGCCAAGCUGGACGACCCGCUGCACAUACGCUGCACCAGCUCCCCAGAUUAUCUGGUAAAUCGAGCUGAGGCUACACUGGGCUCCAUUGAUAAAGUGCAGCAGGGCCACGCAGACUACCUGAGGAACAUGGGAGAUGCCAGCGGUUUGCUGCGAGCCCUCACCCAGUUCUCCCACUUGGCCUCGGACACCAUCGUGAAUGGCAGCGCCACAGCGCACAUGGCACCCACUGACCACGCCGACCGGCUGACGGAGAGCUGCAGAAGCUGUGCAUCCCAGAGCCUGAGGUUCCUGGCGGAGCUGAAGGCCAAGAGCACCCUGCAGGGGGCCAGUCCAUCCGCCAGCCGCGCCGCCGUGCAGCAGAUCCUGAGGCUCGGACAGGAGCUGAGGCCCAAGGGCUCGGACAUCCGCCAGGACGAGCUGGGCGACCUGGUGGACAAGGAGAUGGCGGCCACGGCGGCGGCCAUUGAAGAGGCCGUGCGCCGGAUCGACGACAUGAUGAACAAGGCGAGGACGGACACUACCGGGGUCAAACUAGAGGUCAGCGAGAGAAUCCUGAAUUGCUGCACAGACCUGAUGAAGGCCAUUCACAUGCUGGUGCUGGCGUCCACUGCCCUGCAGAGGGAGAUCGUGGAGGGCGGGAGGGGCGCAGCGACAGUAAAGGAGUUCUACGCGCGGAACUCGCGCUGGACCGAGGGUCUGAUCUCCGCGUCGAAGGCAGUGGGGUGGGGAGCCACUCAGCUGGUCGAGUCGGCUGAUAAGGUGGUUCUGCACACGGGGAAGUACGAGGAGCUGAUCGUCUGCUCCCACGAGAUCGCCGCCAGCACUGCUCAGCUGGUCGCUGCCUCAAAGGUGAAGGCGGACGGCGGCAGUCUGAAGCUCUCUGCCCUGCAGCAGGCUUCCCGCCAUGUUAAUGAGAUGGCUGCCAACGUGGUGGCCUCCACCAGGACCGGGAGGGAGCAGAUGGAGGAGAAGAGUACCAUGGACUUCUCAGGCCUGUCCCUGAUCAAGCUGAAGAGAGAGGAGAUGGAGUCGCAGGUGAAGGUGCUGGAGCUGGAGACGCUGUUGGAGAGCGAGCGGGUGCGUUUGGGGGAGCUGAGGAGGAAGCACUACGUGCUGGCGGGGGUUCCCCUGGACCAGGUCGCCGAGGGCAACGGCUUCCCCAGCACCCCCCCGCCCCUCUCCCCAAAACCGGCCAAGCCGCCCGUCAUGAAGAAGCCCGCCAUCGCGCAGAAACCCAGCGUCCCUCCAAAAAGCGGCUUCAGGUAAAAGGCACCUGCAGGCAGGAGGCACUGGUUGGAUCUGUGCCUGGGAUUCUUCUCUGGCUCCGCCCACCAUCCGUUGCCAGGCUGGUCACCGUGAUGACUUCAGUCCCACAGACACGGGACCCUGUGUGUUAGAGGAGGCAGACAAUCCACCGUCUCGUUCUCUCCCCUUCCUGUCAUUUCUCCAAACCUGAACUUAAGAGCUGAGCCACGGUGUCUCUCUGUCCGUCAAACGCUUUUUCCUGAUCAGACCGUACGGGCGGCGAGGUGUAAACUAUAGGAGAAGCCGUUUCUCAGCUGUCGCGUAGAAUGCUAUCUGGAACUCAAGCGUGUUGCUUUUUUUUUUUACUAGAUCCCCCCGCCCCCCCCCUUUAAAUGACCCAGCGUCCUGGUCCCUGAUGGUUUCGGUCUUAAAACAAGGGAUGUGUUUUUACCCGUUUGGGAGGCAACACCGCGGAUGAAGAUGCUCGAUUCAGCCCCGUCUUCAUCAACGCUGGAACACGGACCCUCGGUGACCGUCAUCUCGAACGUCCCUGGCCCUGGUUUUGGGCGCCGACAGACAGGCGCAGUUCUGCGUCGCGUCCUCUGUUUGUACGGACCGGGCGUUACGCACUGCUGCGCGCUCGCCGCUGCGUUGCUAUAGCGACCGCCUCCCGGUGCCCACGAUGCAGAAUCACCUGUUGAGUUUCCUCCUUUUCCCACUGAAUACAGGGUGUUGGUGAUGCAGCUCUCUGCUCUGAGUGACAUAUUUACCUGCCUUCUAUAGUAUCACACAGUUACAUAUGGGACACAGAUCUUCUUGUUUUCUGACCUUCUAUAUUUGUCGACUCACAUACUACCUAAUUGUUUUUUCAGAUGAUGCUCCCCCAAAUGUCUGUCAUUCUACACGUGUCUUUUUUAUAGGAUUGGAAGCACUAAUUUUAGCAAGUGCAGUGAUUGUCUGCUAUAUCAGUAAGAAAAGCCUACUGGCGGACCACUUUGAAAAGCAACUACCCUCAGCCCUGGAGUUCUUCACAUCUUUCUCACGUACAGUAAACUCGGCCAAAUACAUAUUUGAAAUGCCUAAAGCACUGGCAGAUCCCUGAGAAUUUUUUGUGAAACACUGUACCAAACAAAACGUGCAAUUCAUUUGAAAGAAUACGUUUAUUUCAAACAUUGGGAAAUAUAUUAUUCUUUUAGGUUACUCUUUAAAAAUGUCAGCUUUCUACAGGAAUAUAAAAAGUUAAGAGUAUUUGAAAUUAUCAUUUGACCCGGGUCUACUGCACACGAACGCUCACACACACACACACACACACACACACACACACAGACACACAGACACGUGCGCUCACAC